AUGUACUGUGACUGUGGGAUAGCAGGGAGAGAUGGUGCCUAUAGGAACAGUUAAUAAUAGUCUAUGGGAAGGGACUUUGAGACGAUGCCUAUAGCAGCAGUGGGGAUAAUGCCAUGUCAAUAAAAGUGAUUUAACAUUGGAGCUUAUCAGUAUGUAUCCUACCAUGUAUUUGUAAAGGAAAGUGGGUCCAUGGCAAGCAUGACUGCUUACAUUUUGCAAUCUUUACAUUAUUUAUAUUUUCAUAGAUUUGUAAUAUUGUCAUGAGCUAAGUGAGGCACAAACAAAUACUGAAAGCUUUAACCCAAAUCAAUUCAAGGACCGCAUGAGGAAUAGGAGUGGCACAGGACAGAAACUUUAAAAAAAAGAUAAACAGAAGACCAAUUGCAAUUUGUUUCUGAAUAUCAAGUCUGUUGUACUGAAAGGUAAUUCUAAGACCAACUUCACCUUUCAUAUGAAGCACUUGGAUUGUAAGCAGUUUCAAUUUGGCAUGAUAGAGCAUAUUAUUGAAUCAUUGUAUAUAUAUAUAUAAAUAGAAUCUACUGUUAGUCUAGUAUUUAUAUCAGAGGGAAGAGUUACAGUUGAUGUAUGGUUAAAGUCGGUGUAGGAGAGGAAAUCAUGAAAAGCAAACCAAUGACAGCUGGCAUGUUGUCAUAGUUUAGCAUUGUGAGAUUUCCAUAUGGAAAAUGGAUAAUAAUGGAUUGCUACAUUAAACAAAUGUAGAGGUCGUAGACUCGCAGUUAAUCUAAGGUUGACGGAAGGUGGUUGAGACAAAGAAGCUGAGGAGGAGGAAGAGGACCACUGAAGAAGGAGAAGACACCACAGGAAAGAAACACUUUUAGGACGGUGGAGAGAGAGGGAGCAAGAGAAAGAGAGUGCCACAGCGAUUGCUAAAAACGAAGACAAAUUUUGGAUAAAAGACACAUAAUUACAAUAAAAGGAGAAUAAGAAGGUAGGUGAAGAUGAAGAGGAAGAGGAAAAAGAGGAGUCUGACUCCAGAAGAGAGAGAACCUUCACAGGAUAAAUGCUGCAAGAAGACAAAGAAGAAAGCCAAGAAUCAGAAUGUAGCACAGAAGACCAAGUACAAUAAAGAAAGUAAGAAGAGUGACACUGAGAAUAAAAAACUUAUCAGUGUAGGGAAGAAACACCCUGAAGAUGAGAAGAAGAAAAGAAAAAGGAUUAAAGAAGAUCAAGCAAAGAAGAAAAAGGAAAUGCUCUCAGAUGAGACCAGUAAACCUGAGAGCAAGAAGAGAAAGCAAGAUGAAAAAACUGAAAGCAGUAAGAAAACCGGCUUAGAAGAUCUUGAAAUUCUUCAGAGCAGCAAAAGAAGGAAGGAGCAGGACAAGAGGAAAAGACCAAGGAGCCCAGAAGAUCCGUUGGAAGGUGGAAGUGGAAGUGCACCGAAGAAAUCCCACGUGGAUGAGAAAAGGCCAGCCCCCCUGGACAUACAGAGUUACAAAUUCCACCGAGAGCUAGGAGAAGGCAUGUUUGGACAGGUGAUGUUGGCAUCAUAUACAUCAAAGAAACAACUUGUGGCAAUUAAGAAGGUGCCCAAACAACCCAGCAAGGGCAACUUUACUUGCAUCAUGAAGGAGGCCCGACUCUUGAAGAUCGCCAGAGGAUGCCCCUUUCUUUGCCAUUCUCAUGCCACAUUCCAGUCCGAGCUGCAUGCCUUCUUCGUGCUCGAAUAUGCCAGCGGGGGAACACUGUACAAAGUGAUUGAAGAUCAAGGAAGUCUACCAAUGAAGAACAUCCAGUUCUACACUGCAGAGAUGGUGAUAGCCCUACAGUACCUUCACUCCAAUGGCAUCAUCCAUCGAGAUCUGAAGCCAGAAAAUAUCUUGGUGGAUAACAACGGGCACAUCAAAAUCUGUGACUUCGGCCUCGCUGUUGAGGGAGUGUUCGGUGGAAAGAAGAUCAGCGGAUUGACAGGAACACCUGGAUACCGUGCACCGGAGGUUUUGUCAUUGGAGAAGUACAAUGCUGGAGUGGACUGGUGGUCAUUCGGUGUCAUCAUGUACGAAAUGGCCACUGGCAGACAGCCAUUUGCCCCAUCACUGGUUUCUGCACAGGAGCUGUUUGAGAUAAGGGAGAAAAAGCUUGAAUACCCGCGUCACAUGAGCCAGGAAAUGCGGGACCUUCUGCCAAAGCUUCUGGAGAUGAACAAGACCAAACGUUUAGGAGCAAAUGGGAACAUCAGGGAGCACUCAUUCUAUGCCAGAGUCAACUGGAGCGAGCUGGAAAAUAGAAAAAUAAAGACACCUUUCCAGCCCAAAAUUCCACCAGCAGAUAAGUUGCCAGUAAUUCAUCCAGGAUUCUGCGCUGAGACAUCUAAGAGAGCUAAAGUGGAAGGCUUCUCCGAUGUGGAUUCCAACUGGAAUUGGCAGAAGUAAAGUAUUUUCUGUGCUCAUGUGGAUUAACCUCAAACUGCCUGUACAGCAAGUGAUGACGGCAAUGUACCAUCCAUGGCCAAUUCCAUCAAUGAACAUCAGAUCUGCCAUCUACUGUCUACUGCAAGUGUACAAGUGUCUGCCCGUACAGCCAAUCAUACCAGCACCACAUGGGAUCCUUGACAGAAAGUAGAGAGAAUUCGAGUCAAAGUGCACACAAAACAUCAUAGGAGGCCCCACCAGAAGAAAGGAAUAGCUGCACGCCGGACUUUCUGAAUGGAGAAAUCCAACAGACCCUUGGAUAAGGGUAAAAAUGUAUACUGAACAUACAGCGCACUUAUGGAAACCCAGUGCACUGUUAAGUAACACCGUUCAGUAUACUUCAGUUUCUUUAUAUAGGGUAAGUUAAGUGGGGUAAGUAUGGCAUUAAGUAAGUUUUCUUCCUUUUCCAACUUCCCUCCCAUUCUUUUACUGUUUUUUAUAGAUAGGAUGUUAUAUAGGAAUAUAAAUAUUACUCUAACCUUGUUUUUCACCUUUAAUAUAAGUUAAGGCAAAAAAAAGGGUGGGUGGGUGGGUAGUGAUGUUAUAUUGGAAUAGGAAUAUUACAAUAGUUUGUUUCUUUUCUUUUAUGCUCUCCUGUCUUUCCCCUGUCUGUAGUCUGUAGUACAUAGGUUAAAGGUAAAGUUUGUGGGAAAAGGGUAAAGUUUAUGGGACAAGGGAUACAGGAUAUGGCAGUAGUGAUACGGGAUAAGGGAUAUAUGUUUAUAAUUAUGGGAUAUGGGUACUAUAAGGGUUAUAGUAAAGGGAUAUGAGAAUAGCUAUGUGCAGUAAGGGAUAUAUGGAAUACGGGUGUUAUACAGGUUUUAGUAAGGGGAUAUGGGAAUUAUGAUGUGGGAUAAGGGAGAUGCUAUAUCCUGAUAAUACAUUUGCAGCAGGUUUGAAUGGUAUGAGUGGUGUGUGAAUGCAAAUAGGGAACCCCAUUGCACCAAUUUAGAAGAUGAACAUAGUGCACCUUCUGAUUGGCUGCAAAUUUAGUUUAGUUCACCAUUAAAAUGUAAAUACAAUAAAUCAAUACAAGGCAGCCUGUGUGCUUGUGCCAAUUGGAGGGAGUAAUAAUGCAGCAGAUGGAGCUGCAGCUUGAGGGCCCAUUUUUAAAAAUAAAAAUAAGACCAUUAGAGUUGUGAAUGUGAAGGUGUAAUGUUUAGGGAGGCUCAGGGUUUAGGAUUAAAGGAAUAAGAGUAGACUAAGAAGAGCUGUAGGUCCCCAAAUGCUGCCUAGCCACAACUCCCUCCUUCCCCUCCCCGCCAUGAAUCUUAUAUUAGGCAAAAUAAUUAGGCCCAUCAUAAUCUUCAUCCCCCAUAACCAGGCCUUUUAGAUAAUAAAAGGCUGCUGGUAUUAAUAGUCUUUAGAAAGUUGAUCCAGGGACUGGUCCGAUUGCCGUUUUGGAGUCAGGAAGGAAUUUUCCCCCAUCUGAAGCAAAUUGGAGAUGGCUACAGAUGGGUUUUUUGCCUUCCUCUGGAUCAUCUAGAUUAAACCUGAAGGACACGCUCACCCUCCAUUACUAACAGUGUCCAUAAUCCACUGAUAGGAGCCAGAUCACAUAUCUAAUCGUAUUUCCAUAUUGGAUAGGGAACUACUGGAGGGAAUUAUAUAGUUAGCAAAGCAGAGGGGAGUCGAAUCCCAGUCUCACUGACCAUGGGAUUUGCCACAGAGAAAAAUAGUGAGUGAAUGAGUGAUGUGGGUGUGUGGAAGUGUGUGUGUUAUUGUAGAUUAUUCAUUGGGGAACUUUUUUGUUCCUUACACCUCCCAGUCUGAUCUGAGGAGGAGGGGUCCCAUGAUGGCUUAUAUCAGCCGCUACCUGGCCAGAUAGGAAACUACUGCAGCAAGUCAUCGGGUGAGCCAUUUGCUGCAAUAGGUGUGUGAAUGGA